UAUCUCCAAUUCUGUUUGUAUUAGUGUACAAAAUCCAUGGCUAUGCUGACUCAGAAAGGACUGAAGCUGUGUUCAUGGUCGUUCUCUUAGCCAUGGCCUCCAAAGUUUCGGCCGCCACAUUCCCAUUUUCUCCGUCUUCCUCAUCUUCUCUCGCUUCAUCUUCCUUGCCCACGAUACACUCCAGAAACCCUAAAAUUCGUCUCUCCUUGUGUAAUUUCCCACUGGGUCUCCGCCUUUUUUCUCCAUGGAGCGGUUUAAAGCAUCUGGGUAUUUCAACCAGAGGAAAGUUCAUCGAGAGGAGGAAGAGAAUUCCGAAGGGGAAAGCAGUUUUUGCAUCUUUGUUUGGGGUUGGAGCUCCUGAGGCAUUGGUUAUUGGGGUUGUGGCUCUGUUAGUGUUUGGUCCCAAGGGUCUUGCUGAGGUUGCUCGGAAUCUGGGGAAGACCUUACGUGCAUUUCAACCCACCAUAAGAGAGCUUCAGGAUGUUUCUAGAGAAUUCAAGACCACGCUUGAGCGAGAAAUUGGUCUCGAUGAAAUUUCGAGUUCGGUUAACAGCCCAUACAAUUCUAGCAGAUCCAAUACCUUCUCAAAUCCACCUUCUGUUUCUAAAGCAGAAGAUCCUGCUGCAGUAGCUGAACCCAAAAUAGCUGAUGAAUCUCCAUCAGCAAGCAAAGCAUAUAGCUCUGAAGAGUACCUAAAGCUUACAGAAGAGCAGCUGAAAGUCCAAGCCAAUCUUGCAGCAGAAAGCGAGAGUGGAUCCCAAGAACAGCCUCAAGGAACUGUCGAAGAACCGGCCACGAUAGCGCCUGGACCUCAAAAUCUUGGAACAGGUAAAGCUGAUGAAUCUGCUGCCUCAGCUCUAAGACCUCAAAGUCCCGGAACCGAGACGUGAAGUUAUUAGAAUCGAUUUUAGAUCGACGAGAAUUUGUAAUUUCAUCGAUGUACUGGAUUGACGUAGAAAAUCUAUUAGAAUGAUUUUGUCAAUGCCUUGAAACUUAAUCAGUUUCUAGACAUUGGAUAUAAUGAUUUUGUUGGAUUAGUAAUGAGAAUUCCCUCAUGAUAUCACACAUA